AUGAUCUUCAGGGUGGACAUUGACCAACUCUGCAUAGCUCAUGACAUCCUCUGUUUUUUGUUUUUUUUAAUCUAUUCCGUAGUCCCUGAAUCUAUCGCGGACAGACAGACAGACAGCCAUUGCCUGUCUUCAUUAAAUUAUCUAUCUAUCUAUCUAUCUAUCUAUCUAUCUAUCUAUCUAUCUCUCCUCGUGGACCAUCCAUCUUCGAACCUUGUGCACCAUCCUUCUUCGAACCUCGUGGAGCGUGCUUCUUCGAACCUCGUGGACCGUCCUUCUUUGAACCUCGUGGACCAUCCUUCUUCUAACCUCGUGGACAAUCCUUCUUCGAACCUCACCACCCUUCUUCGAACCUUGUGGACAAUCCGUCUUCGAACCUCGUGGACGAUUCUUCUCGAACCUUGUGGACCAUCCUUCUUCGAACCUCGUGAAGCGUGCUUCUUCGAACCUUGUGGACCAUCCUUCUUCGAACCUCGUGGACCGUCCUUCUUUGAACAUCGUGGACCGUCCUUCUUUGAACCUCGUGGAGCGUCCUUCUUCGAAACUCGUUGA